GGUUGCCUAAAUGUCAUAUAGUUUUCUUCUCUCUGUAAAUCACUCCGUAUAUUUUUAAAACUUUUGAGGUUUUAUUUCUCAGCUCCCCCAAAAUCUGUGAGGCUUUUUCUCUUGUUGGUUUUAUUCUGUGAUGGCGGUGAAGACUAAUGGAGUUGUUGAUGGUAUUUUGCCGGAGGAAUUGAUGAAAUUGCUCUUAUCAUUAGCUACAAAAUGGGGGGAUGGGUUGGAUCUAAAGAACUUGAAAGUUCAUCAUUUGAGUGGUGCUAUGACUAAUGAGGUUUAUAGGAUAAGUUGGCCUACUAAGAACGAAAACAUCCUGAGGAGAGUUUUGGUUCGAAUGUAUGGUGAAGGAGUAGAUCGUUUUUUCAAUAGGGAUGAAGAGAUUAGAACUUUUGAAUGCUUGUCAAAGAAGGGUCAAGGACCUAAGCUUCUUGGUCAAUUUGCAAAUGGUAGAGUUGAGGAGUUCAUUCAUGCAAGGACACUGUCUGCUGAAGAUCUUCGUGACUCGGAGAUCUCUUCUUUGAUAGCUGCAAAACUGAGGGAGUUUCAUAACCUUGACAUGCCUGGUUCAAAGAAUGUCCUUCUAUGGGACCGUCUCAGAAAGUGGCUAAAUGAGGCGAAGGGUUUGUGCUCUCCUGAACAUCUAAAGGAGUUCUCUUUAGGUAAUCUGGACAAGGAAAUCAGCUUAUUGGAGAAGGAACUGCCAACAGAGUCUCAUGACAUUGCAUUUUGUCACAAUGACAUGCAGUAUGGUAACAUAAUGAUUGACGAUAAAACGAAGGCUGUUACUAUCAUUGACUAUGAGUACGGUGGUUAUAAUCCAAUUGCUUAUGACUUUGCGAACCACUUCUGUGAAAUGACUGCAAAUUAUCAUACUGAUACCCCUCAUAUCAUGCACUUCAAUACUUACCCUGAUUUAGAGGAGCGACAGCGAUUUGUACGUGCAUAUCUCAGUUCUUCAGGUAAUCAACCAAGUGAUGAGGAAGUAAAGAAACUUGUUGACGAAGCAGAGAAAUAUACGCUUGCAAAUCACUUGUUCUGGGGAUUGUGGGGAGUCAUCUCGGCAUACGUUAACAACAUCGAGUUUGACUACAUGGAGUACGCGAGGGGAAGGUUCAAGCAGUACUGGUUGAGAAAACCCGAACUCUUAGGUGCCUCAGACGACUUGUUACAUGUUGAUGGUUCAGCUGAACCAAUUCACAUUUCUCCGCAAUAGCUUGAUGAUAUAACAUGUACAUUAACAAUGUAGAAUGUAAAAGCCUUAUCGAUAGGCCUAUGUCGUAUAAUGAGUGGAGCAUUUAGAGUCUUCAAUGUUUCAUAGAAUAUGUUUAUAGGCUAUUAUUGAGGUUUUAAGUAUUUGAUGUACUGUUUAUAAGAGUGAGUGUUGCUGAACCACAAA